CGCGUGUUUGGUGACGGCGAACUUACCCUAGCGAUCGGCGGAUCGUUUAUUUCGAUCAUCGUUCGAAUCGAUAAUAGCGCCUCGCGUGAGCGCGCCUGGCCGUGCGCGGGCUCGCCGUGACUCCGGGCGUCGCGUCUGAGCUCGUCGCGUGAUUUCGUUGGGUGUUUUAUUCUCGUCGCGCUGGAGGAGUGAUGAUGGAUCCGCACACAGUGAGCUGAUCGCGGCCAGUGGCGGAGGAUCAUGUCCUAUGUGUCUUCACAAGAUGGAAGGUGUGUGUCUCCAUGUUCUCGACCUCACACCCCUCUGAAUGGCCACGCCCACGACUCCCCCGGCUGGAGCCGCCAGCUGCGUGUCAGAGAUGGAGACCAGUUCUACCUGCUGGAUCAAGAGGAGGUUCAUCCUUUGCUGAUGAAUGAUCAUCGUCCUGUCAGUCACCGACACAAACUGCUUCGGAGGACCGUCAGUGUACCAGCAGAUACCAGACCACACCCUGAGACAGAGCACGCUCGUGCUCGCAGGAAGAGCUUUGCCACAUCGCGGCAGAGAAGCAUGGAAACUCCGCCCACUGCACCUACCCAACCAUUCCGACAACCUAGUUUUCUCAGCCGCCGUCUGAAAGGAUCCAUUAAAAGAGCAAAAAGUCAACCCAAACUCGACCGCACCGGCAGCUUCCGACACAUGAUUCUCCCACGGUUCCGCAGUGCUGACCAGGAGAGGACGCGUCUCAUGCAGAGUUUUAAGGAGUCUCACUCUCAUGAGUCCCUGCUCUCUCCGAGCAGUGCGGCCGAGGCGCUGGACCUCACGCUGGACGAGGACGCCAUCAUCAAACCCGUUCACUCCAGUAUACUCGGUCAGGAGUACUGCUUCGAGGUGACGACCGCAUCGGGGACGAAAUGUUUCGCGUGUCGUUCUGCAGCCGAGAGAGACAAAUGGAUCGAGAAUCUGCAGCGAGCCGUGAAACCAAACAAGGACAACAGUCGGCGUGUCGAUAAUGUGCUGAAGCUGUGGAUCAUCGAGGCCAGAGAUCUUCCAGCUAAGAAGCGUUAUUACUGCGAGCUGUGUCUGGACGACAUGCUGUACGCUCGGACCACCAGCAAACCACGAACAGACACAGUGUUCUGGGGCGAACACUUUGAGUUUAAUAACCUGCCCGCCAUCCGCAGUCUGAGACUACACCUGUACAAAGAAACUGACAAGAAGAGACGAAAGGAGAAGAGCACUUAUCUGGGUCUGGUGAGCAUCCCCAUCUCCAGUAUCACAGGCCGUCAGUUUGUGGAGCAGUGGUAUCCCGUCAUUCAGCCCAGUGUUCUGGCCAAAGGGGGCGGGGUCGGCAGCGGGAAGAUCAUCAACGCCUCCCUGCGCCUCAAAUCUCGCUAUCAGACCAUGAACAUUCUGCCCAUGGAGCUGUACAAAGAGUUCGCCGAGUACGUCACCAAUAACUACAGGACGCUGUGCGGAGUUCUGGAGCCUCUGCUGAGCGUCAAGAGUAAAGAGGAGGUGGCGUGUGCGCUGGUGCACAUCCUGCAGAGCACAGGAAAAGCUAAGGACUUCCUGUCUGACAUGGCCAUGAGCGAGGUGGAUCGGUUUAUCGACCGUGAACAUCUGAUCUUCAGAGAGAACACGCUGGCCACUAAAGCCAUCGAGGAGUUCCUGAAGCUUAUAGCACAUCGCUAUCUCAAAGACACCAUCGGUGAGUUCAUUCGAGCGCUGUAUGAGUCUGAGGAGAACUGUGAGGUGGAUCCCAUGAGAACUCCUCCGUCAGUGCUAGCCGAUCAUCAGGCUAAUCUGCGCAUGUGCUGCGAGCUGGCUCUCUGCAAGAUCAUCAAUUCUCAUUGUGUGUUUCCUCGGGAACUGAAGGAGGUUUUUGCGUCGUGGCGCGUGCGGUGCGCUGAACGUGGUCGAGAGGACAUCGCAGAUCGUCUCAUCAGCUCAUCUCUCUUCCUGCGCUUCCUGUGUCCUGCCAUCAUGUCUCCAUCUCUCUUUAAUCUGACGCAGGAGUAUCCGUCUGAACGCACCUCACGAACACUCACCCUCAUCGCCAAGGUGGUGCAGAACCUGGCCAGCUUCUCAAAGUUUAGUGGCAAGGAGGAUUAUAUGUGCUUCAUGAAUGAGUUUCUGGAGAUGGAGUGGGGCUCCAUGCAGCAAUUUCUCUAUGAGAUCUCAAAUCUGGAGUGUGUGAGUAACGCAGGAGCGUUCGAGGGUUAUAUUGAUCUGGGCCGAGAGCUUUCUAUCUUGCACAGUUUACUCUGGGAGGUCAUGGCACAGCUCAGUAAGGUACGCACAUCAUUCACAUGAUCAGAUCUACAUUCAUCCACAUCAUCUGUCAAUAUGUUCAGUCAUCUUCCUCUGUUGCUUCAGGAUGCCAUAUUGAAAUUGGGGCCAUUGCCACGGUUACUGAAUGACAUCAGCGUGGCACUGCGGAACCCUCAGCUGCACCGUCAGGCCAGUCACCAGCCGCCCGAACGUCACCUGUCACGACCCACCUUCAGUCGCCUAGCCACCAAUGACUUCCAGAGUCUCAUGAUGAGAGAUCUAAACAGCUCUAUAGACAUCUCUCGUCUCCCCUCUCCUACGGCGGGUUUGUCCGGCAGUGGUGUUCUCUCUCAUCCCGGCAUGGCUGCUUUCUCUGAACGCGAUCACCGUGGCAACAAAGAUGUGUUUUAUGUCACCCGCCCUCCUCUUGCACGCUCAAGCCCCGCCUACUGCACUAGCAGCUCUGACAUCACUGAACCAGACCCAAAGGACUCGCGCAUUAACAGCGUCUCAAAUCUGCACUCCGUCAACGAUCUGCUCAACUCAUCUCAGGGGUCUCUCGCCGGACUGGGGUCUCUCGCCGGACUGGCCGGCUACGGUCCGCUGGGCGGCGCUCCUCUCAGAGCCGGAGGUCGCGUGUCGGCGGGUUCGGGCGGCUCCAGCAUGUCGGGCGGUUUGCGUCUGAGUCACUCGGGUGGCCUGACGACAGACUCGCUGUCCCAGCAGCAGCAGCAGCAGGCGGCCGCCAUGCAUGUGCCUCUGUCCUUCCAGAACCCUCUGUUCCACCUGGCUUCUGAUGGGCCGCAGUACCACACACCGCCGCACGUCCCCUCUGCCGCCCCGCCCCCUCUGCUGCUGGCUCCUGAGCCCGAGAAUGGUCACGCAGGAUUUGGCGUGCCGUCGUUCGGCCACAGCGGCUUCUCUCGCAGCGAAGACCUGUCGGCCCUGCGGACGCAGAACAGUCUGGUGCAGCCCAACAUCGUCCACUCGCACAGCUACAGCGACGACUUCACUCGUCACAACCAGGCCGACUACGCCCGCAGACAGCUGUCGCUGCAGGUGCAGGAGAAUCUUCAGCAGCAGGUUCUAAUGGGCAUCACCCCACAGACAGCCACAGGCACCGGCACGCCCGCCUCUCUGGCCACACCUCCCACCACCAUUCAUCCCGUCCGUCAGGCCUCCAUGGGACCGCCUCCCUCUCAGCGUGUGAGACCCCAGCCCUCCCACCAGCUGUCGGUCAGCUCGGCCGCAAACGCCACCCCCCCCAAAGCCCGUCCUCAGAGUGGGAACCUGCUCCAGUCGCCAGACUCCAGUUUUGGGGCGAGGCAGUUGCCGAGGCAGCAGUUGUCGGUGAAGGAUAGCCCCGCCCCCGGGCUGCCGCAUCAGUCCAGCACGGCCACUGAGAACGCCACGCCUCAGGGGGGAGCCAAUGAGAAUGCAGAAAAUCCCCAGAGUAACCAACCGGCCAAACCCGCGCAACAGAGCAACCCUCAACAUCAACUCAAGCCCACCCCGAACAAACAGGGCUCCAAAUCUCCGUCCACCCUCAAUCCCCCAACAGCUGCGUCCGAGCGUACGGUGGCCUGGGUCUCUAACAUGCCACAUCUGUCUGCAGACAUCGAGAGUCUCCGCGUGGACCGGGAGGAUUUUAAACUGAAAGAACACUCCAAGAGCAUGGACGAGUCUCGUCUGGACCGGGUGCGUGAAUAUGAGGAGGAGAUUUACUCUCUGAAGGAGCGUCUGAUGAUGUCACACCGUAAGCUGGAGGAGUACGAGCGGCGUCUGCAGUCGCAGGAACAUCAGACCAGUAAAAUCCUGCUGCAGUAUCAGAGUCGUCUGGACGACAGCGAGCGGCGUCUGCACAUGCAACAGAUGGAGAAAGACUCGCAGAUCAAAGGCAUCAUCAACAGGUUGAUGGCAGUCGAGGGUGAACUGAGAGGAAGCGGCAUGCCAGACCUCAAGAGCAGAAUAUUUACGGAACAGCCCAUUUAUGGUGCCCAUUCUGGAACUUGAUUGGUCCGUGGUCAUGUGAUUGGCUAAACCACAACCCAGGACUGUGUGAUUGGCUGAGAGAGAAGAGAGAGAGUCAGAACUUGAGCAGGAAGAACAACUCCAGCUCUAUCACACACACACACACACACGCACGCACGCACACACUGGGAGUAUCUCUAGAUAUCUGAUAGAUAUAUCAACAUAUAUUUAGCAGAUGUGUCUCAUUUUCAUCUGAAAUUUUGAGCCAAAUGGAUGACAAUCAAAAUUAUGAGGCUGAUACAAUCACACACAGACAGACAGACUGAGAGAGAGUUAUUCUCUCUCUCUCCCUCUCUCCCUCUCGCGCUCUCUCUGUCUGUCUGUCUAUAUUUCUUUCGUGUGUGUGUGCUCCGAUCAGUCGCGGCCUCAACUUCCUAAUAAUGACUCAAUACCAGUAUUGUAUUUUUUUCUUAUGUUGUUUUGAGCGGGUUAAUUUUGUUCUGAGCCAAUGAGACAGUGCUCAGAACCCCGCCUCUUCCUGUCCUGAGAAGAGGGCGGGCUCUCCUCUCGUGCCUGCAGAGCUCAGAGACUCGGGACGAGCGAGUCAGACACUCUGUUUAUUUCACGAUCUCAUCUGUGAGAGGAAAGUUUCCACAGCUCUCAUUGUGACAGUGGACAGACCUGAACCACAGACGAGCAGUGAGCGACAAAACAGAUUCUCUCUCUCUCUGUGUGUGUGUGUGUUGUGUUGAGAUUGUUGGUGUCAGUACACGAUCCGUUCUGCGCAUGCGCGAAAUGACGUAGUAAACCUCGUCACGGUUUCCCUACACUAUUGGUAUCACUCAUGCGAUGAAACACUUCACGGCCAGACGGCACAACUGGAGGCAUAUUUUUGUAGGCUACAUUGUGUUUUUCAUUUAACAGUUCACGGCGGGUCUAUUUUGAUGUUUUUAAAUGUAGCUUACGCUAUGCAUUACGAUGUGUUUACGUGGUUGCCAAUCCAAAAUAAUAAAGGAGUUACAUGAACAUACACGAUUUUGGUUACAUGUGGAAUAAAGUCUGAGUCUUUCUGUCACUGCAAACCUUCAGUUUCCUCCAUACUCCCCUUAGCGAUUCAUUGCUGAAUGGCAUUAGGCCUACUUAACUUGCCGUGUUUCGAUCUGAGGUCAGUAGUAUUGUCAAAGACGGUUUGUGUCGUUUUUUUAUUAAAAGCUGCUAAUAUUAGUUAACUUUAAAUUGAGUCAUUUGUAUUAGUAUGGGUCUAUAUAGGCUAAUAUAUCUAUCUAUAUAAUCUAAAUGAGGAAUAAUCCCUUCAAUGGUGUUUACAGAAGACAAUAAGGAACAUAAUAUGCAUUUCUGCCUAGACUAUCUGCACUUACAUGAAGAAAGAACUACAAACAAGUCUGGGGAAAUGAGACUAGAGGAGGAUAGUAGUGAAAGUCGCGGUACAAAGGUACGCAAGUGUGGAACAGAUCGUGCAGUGUCGUAAAUCGUCGCAAAACAUAAUAAUCAUUUGCGCGUGCGCGUUUUCUAGUACGUCAUUAUGCGCAUGCGCGGACGGAUCGUGCAGGCAUCCCGGAUCGUGUACCGUCAGUUGGCAUCAGUAUUCAGGUGACUUUAUGAGUGUGUGUGUGUUUAGUGAUGACGCCGUGUCUUAACCAGACGCUAUGUGACAAAGCAAUCAAACCUCUUUCACAUCAGCCCAAGUUUCUGUCCUAAACACGGUCACAACAGCGAUGUUGCACUGAAAUCUCUCCUCGUGUGAAUUAAACAUCAGACAUGUGUGAGGAGAGAGACGUUUAGAACAGAUAUUCUAUGAGAAGUCCCUUACACAAGAAUACCCAUAAAAAUCACACAGUUAGCUGCCGGUUCAAGAGCCCGCCCACACGCUCUUCUGAUUGGCUGUUGUGUUCUCAUCUGUGGUUUGAGGAGAGAAAUGUGCUUGUGUCACGGCUGGUUUUGACACUGAAUUCACGAGUGAAAAGCUGGAACACAAACAAUCUCAAAUGUUUAAUAAAGCCACAAAUGAUGUAGAAACACGUGACAGUUCUGUUCUAAACCCUUGUUUGUGCUGACUACAUCACACACUGAUUAUUACACAUCUCUCUGAUUUUACCUCAUUAUUCACUAAAAAUCAAUUCGUUUUCUCAAUAAAGAAAUGAGUAUGUUGG